CAAUGCGCUUGCGCCGAAAGCUCAUCUUCUCGUAGAAUAUCGGUCCGAAGGUUUAGUAAAGUUUUCGCCCGCGUUGUGUACAGCGUGAUUUUCGAAGACAUAGGGAUGAAAGAUAGUAACGAGUUUGCAAGGGCGGGAAAUAACGUGUGAUUCCAAUGAUAAAAUCAAGAAGUUGAUGUUGUGUUUUACUUUUCGGCAUAACAGUCAAAACAAACGAGUUCAAUGAAAUUGUAAGUACUAUUGACAAAAUAUUUUGAGUACUUACUUUUAACAGUCUUAGAUAAAUUUUAUGCAUUUAAACACCCUGAAAAAUAUUUAAAAGAUAAAUAUUAGUUCUAACAGCGCUAGAACUACAUUAGAAAUUCUUAUAAAUACCUUCAGUGCUAAUAUAAAAAACUUGAUAAAACUAAGAAGAGGUGAAAUAAAGAAAAGUUUUAAAAACUUGACAAAGAUGAUUUCAGCCUGACCUUUACAGAUAAUUCAAGUUGCUAACUAAGUUUUUUUUCCUUUAAAAAAUAUUUUAUAGAAAAUACUGGCUAUCAAACACUCCCAUAGCUGAAAUUGUUGCAGAAUACCCAAUACCAAAAUGUUCGAAAAUAAUCUUUGAUUCAUGGAAAUAUGUUUAUCGCAAGAAAAAGAUUUGGUGUAAACUCAUUUUGUAAAGGUGAAAUUGUGAGAAUAUUUAAAAACAUCUUUGGUUGGACAACAUUUUAAUAAAAUUGUUUAUAGCACGUAUGACAUAUCUUGUACAUUCCCUACUUUAUUAUUAAUAACAAAGUUUAGUUUAAAAUUUAUUUCUGAAAAUAUCCUUUUACAUCUGUGAUACUAAAUAUUUGAGAUUUAUUUAAAUAUCAAUCGUAAUUAUAUAUUAAAUGAAAGAUUUUAAGUUACCCUUUAAAAGGUUCUGUAAAAAUAGUUAAACUAAUGUAUAUGAUUUAUAUUCUAUACAUCAAAGGAUCACUUGAAAAAUCUGCAAAAUAAUUUUUUCUUUAAUUUGUGUAUUUAUAAAAGUACUAUAGAAAAAUAGGCUUCAACUUUAUGAUCGAGGUCCUAUGAAAAUAGCUAGGGAAAAUACAAUAUAGUCUUUAAAAUUAUUUUGAAGUAAGAUUCAUUAACAACAUUUAACUCACAUCUAGUUAAAUAUUAUUUUGUAUCACAAAUUUACGGCAAAUAAUGAAAUAGCAAGUAGCUUAAGAACUACUACAUGCCAGUUUAUGUAUUCUUGAAGAAUGAAAAGACAAAAAUUAAUAAAUUCUAUAUUCGUGUAUGUAUUAAAUUAAAAGAGAAAUUAUUCCAAUGGAUAGUAAACGCCAAUUAUAUUUCGGAUAGAUAAAAUAAGUAUCUCCACUUAUAUCACACUGAUGAAAACUAUGGCAAUUAUAUUCAGACAUUUAAGUGAAGAAAUUCAGAGGACAUCAAAAUUAUCUAACUUUAUCGUAAAAGAAAAGUUCUAAAGCGUAUUUUUACUGGAAAAUCUCCUUUGUAAACUUAAAGAUGUGCUGUUUUUUACAGACGUUUUUUAAUAAUGAUGAUCGAUUACGAUAAUUUCACGGGAAAUUUUAAUUUCCCAGCUCCAGAGAAUCUGACUUACCUUGCCAACUGCAGUGCAGUUGGCUGUUCCCGUCUUAGGCAACAAAAUGGCCCACCGUAUACUGAAUUGCCAUCUUACAUACGAAUAACGGCCACGGCAGUGUGUGCUGUUAUACUCGCAUUCGGAACAGUUGGCAAUGUUCUUGUUGCAACUGUCGUCUGGAAGUUUAAAGAGUUGAGGAACUCAACUAACCUUUUCCUCAUGAACUUAAGUGUCGCUGAUCUCUUAGUUCUUCUUGUUUGUGUUCCGCCUGCCCUUGUUGAAUUGCACUCUAUGCCUGAAGUGUGGUUGCUUGGAGAAGGAAUGUGUAAAGCAGUUCCUUAUGUCCAACUCACAGCUGCUCACGCUUCUAUCUUAACUAUUCUGGCCAUCAGCUUCGAGCGAUACUAUGCCAUCUGUGAGCCCCUGAAAGCCGGUUACACUUGCACGCAAAUGAGGGCUCUGGCCAUAAUCUGCAUCAUAUGGCUCGUGGCCGCGCUUCUCACUAGUCCAGUACUUAUGACCAUAGACUAUCACAUGGCAGAAGCCAUGCACGAUGACACCAUGGUGCCAGUUUGUCUACAAAUGGUGAAAGAGCUAUGGCAACAGUUGUAUUACAUGAGUAUUAUCGGUUUCUUGUUCGUGAUACCAUUCUUGGUGCUAUUAGUAGUUUACUGCCACAUAGCUAAGCACUUGAUGUUAGGUAGGAGGGUGCUGGCUUCUUCAAGUGAAGAAAAUCAAAUGAGAGCAAGAAAGCAAGUCGUCUUUAUGCUUAUUGCUGUGGUGCUAAGUUUCUUUAUCUGUCUACUUCCAUUCAGGAUAUUUACUGUCUGGAUGAUCAUCACACCCCAAGAAGAAGUCACCCAUUUAGGCAUGGAGACCUUUUACAGCCUCCUUUACUUUUGCAGAUUGCUGCUUUACAUGAAUUCAGCCAUCAAUCCAAUUCUCUACAACGCAAUCUCUUCCAAGUUUCGCAGUUGCGUCAUGAGGUUGUUGAGGUGCUCAAAUGUCAGGAGCAGGCUCCUGUCACGCCAGAUUACAAAGGGCACCACGACAUCGAGCACUGCCACCACUAGUGGUAGCGUUAAGAAAGAUGGCACCCUGCUUCAGCACAGCAGUAGGCAGCUGCGAGUAACGGUCAACAGCAACUGUGGAUGGAAUGCGGGUGAAAAGGUCCCUAAACCUGAAAGUGUCUGAUUAAAAAAUGAUAUCAGUGAUAGUCAAUAAACGUUCCAAUAACUUUUUUGAGCAGUUAUUUUUAAAAUUAUAGUUUACUUAAUUAUUUUAUGUGUUGUUUUUAAACUUUUGUACAAAUUCAUUUUUUUCUUGUUACGAUCAUAAAGUUUGUGUAAAGUGUUUUGUAAUGCAAGAAAGAAACGUCAGGGUCAAAAAAAAUUGCAAUCAGUUUUUUUAUCAUUUGUAAUAAUUCGUACUAUUGUAUUUUGAAUGUUUAUAUUUAAAUGCAUGUACAGUUUAUCAGGAGGUGUAUAUAGGUAGUUUAGUAAGAUCUGAUUACGCUUUGACCAAACCUAAGCCUAUAUGUCUAUUUUAAAGUCGAGAAUAAUAACAUAUAUUUUGCCUCUUACAUCUAUUUAAUUUUUAAUGCUUUUCUAUCGCUAAGCAGAUUAUGAGAUUGAAAAAACAAUAACAAGAUGUUCCAAAAAUGUUUUGCACCGUUGAAUACUUGGCUGCAAUUCUUACUAAAAAACUUAAGUUAAAACUUUUUUGGGAAUGAGACGUUCAAAGUGAAGGUGAACUAAGCUGUAUUAAUUAAAUUUCUAGAAAAAUUGAAAUGAAGGCAGCAUAGUAGGCUUAGCUUUUUACAAAAAUCAAUUAUAUACGUCAAAAUAAUAUGAAUUAUUCAUAAUAUUUAAAAAUUCCUUUAAGGCGAAGUUUCAAGAAUCUGCCCGUAUCUAUUAAAAAGAAACGGAAAUGUUUAUCAUUUGCUCUAAGUUAGACUUAUUGAGGACUAUUUCUCCAAACAAAUUUGUUUUUACCAUGGAUUUAUUCAUAACUUUGCAUUCAACUUUGCAGAUGCUAUGACCCUAAAAAAUACCUACUAUCGAGAAUUUUAUGUUUUAAAUAACUAUCAUAACAAUUUUGCUUUAACAAUCAUCUGAUGAAUACGCCAUAAUUUUUUCAAAAAAUUUAAUUUGUUAGCAUAAGAUUGAAAUUUAAAUUUCAAUUACCAAAUUUAAAUAUUAUAAAAGAGAAAUAUAUAAAUUACACAUCUAAGCUACUUCAAGAGUGAGUAAUUGAAAAUAUUCUGUCAUCUUAAUUUUCGCUAUAUAUCCAUAAAUAAUUGUGUAGUUAUUUUGAGACAUCAGUGAAG